AUGAAUAAUCAUUCCUCAUUGUCAUCGGGAGCUUCACCAUCCUUCUCACCACUAUUGAAUCCAACCACUACUUCACCUCCAAGAAAACAAAGAGCUAGUGUUCAACAUGAUCCUCGAUUUCGAAUGUAUACAUCACCACCCUCACCACCAUCAACCAAGAGUCCUCCUUAUCAACCUCCAAAUAAGGAAUUAUCUCCAACCAACACUUCACCUCAUCAUUUCUUACCUCAAUGGCUCAAGAAAUUGACCACUCAUCAUCAUCAUCACCCUCAUUCGAAUGCACAUUCCCAUCACGAGACGAGUGAUCAUCCUUCGACACCUCUUCCCUCACCAUCACAUCUCUGUGAAAAGGAUUCUUCUGAAGUUCAAACAAGCACCCGUAUUUCUUCUUCUUCUGUACAUUCUCAUUCGUAUCCACCCACUCCAUACUAUUGUCCUCAACACCAUCAGCAAAUGCAGUUCUCUGCACUCAAUUCUCCAACCAACUUGUUUCCACCUUCAUCUCCGAGACCUCCUUAUUCACCAGGUGUGAGAAGUAACUAUCACCAUCAUCAUGAUUCUCACGCUGCUGCUACUACGUCCUCUAGUAACAACAACAACCACCACGACCACGACCACCACCACAAUAGUAUGUUUGCGUUUCGGGCCAAUCUAACCUCUCAUCGAAAUCCAGCCUCCAUCAUUGAAAUGUAUCAUGAGGAGGAUUUACAUCCGUAUCCACUCACUCCCACGAAUAUCAAGCAUCCACCGUUCGAUGUGCUGCAGUUCCAUCAUGAAAAGAUUUCAUCUUCCUUAUUUCGCCCGAGUGCUCCUCAUGAGGAUGAAAAUUCUCUCAAUGCCCUUCAUGAUUCUCAUCAUCAUCAUGGCAUGGAGGAGAUUAUGAUGAACUCUCCCACUACCUCUCAUCCACUGUCGUAUCCGUUCAAUACCAAUCCUGAUUCUCCCAACCAAACGCUUCGUAGAAUUCUCACUCGUUUUCAGCACUUGUUCAAGUCGAAUAACAACAACCACAGUCAGCAGUCUCAUCACUCAACCUCCCAUAGUAAUAAAGAACAAGAUGGAAUUGGAUCCCAACACUUGCAAGGGGAGGUUCAUGCUCAACAUCCUCACAUGAAACAUCUUCCAAAACUUGAGGUUCAUUUCCCUCAAAAUGAAUCCCAAGAGUCUCAACAUCCACAACAACAGCAGCCUCCUCCUUAUUCUCAUCCUCAAACUCAUCAUGAGGAUCGUUCAGCUUUGAAACCAAGCACUGGUGCUGACUGUGGACAAGUCAUGCAUCCUGAACAUGAUCGACAGAAUGUUUCAUCACCGAAAACACCAACUUCCUUGGUACCUUCGUUGUUACAUCCCAAUCUUUCGCCCUUAUCAUAUCAUCAGCCAGUGCCGAAAUCAAAUCAAGUCUCUUCGCAACAUCCUCAACCACAAGAACCAUCCACACAGAAAGCACAGGGUCCUACACAUCAACAUGAUUCUCACAAACAUGCACUAUUGGAAUCAUUGGAUACCUCUCAAGGGGUGGUGGCACACUCUCAUCAAGAGGAUGGAGCAAACAUUUCUCUCUCAGAACCAACCACUGUGCAUCAUCAUCAGAAUUUACUCUCCACCAUGUCCCCACUGAGCCCACGGAUCCAUCAGCCACCUCAUCAUCAUCAUGUAAUGGACUAUUUCGAUUCAGAGCCUUAUCCCAAACCAACAGAAGCUCAACUCCAUCAUCCUCUACAUGGUCUUCAUAAAUAUCGACGACCUCAUCAUGCACACACACGCACCUCUCCCCAUCAUCAUCACCAUGAUGAUGACCCAAACAAAUUCAAUACAUUGCCCAAUCCAAAUCAUGAAGAAGCAAAAGGGAACAUCCUGCGAGAAAAGGCUCUUGUAGAAGAAAGCGCCAAAGCUCUCCAACAUCCAAAAAAAUAUUCGGCAUAUCAUCCUCACCAUCAUCACUCUGAGGAGAGUCCAACCAUCAUCAUUCCCACCACGGACAUUAUUGUGUGUACACAAUCAUCAUCGUUGCCAACAACGGAAACAACACAAGAGAAUACAAAAGCAACCAAUAGUACUGCGCAGAAAAGUGAACAGCAACCAACCAGCAGCACUACACAAACAUUUUUUCAAAGAACGUCAUCCGAAAAUCUCGCUCCGGUUACUGUGAGUUGGAAUAUACAACAACAAGGUCCAUCAUCGAUCGAAAAAAGUAACAAUAAGAGCACAUCACAAAACAACAACAUGAAUAUACCAAAAAAGACCAGUCAAGAUGAUUUCUAUAUGGAGGAUUCAAGUCUUCCUGAAUCCAAUGUCCAUUCAAUCACACACAAACCUUCGCGUUCCACGCAUAUCAUGAGCGAUGAAGAUGGAGUUAUCAUUAGUUCAUCUCCAACAAGUAAACCCCGAGUAACAACUGGACAAAUUCAAGAGGAAAUUUUGGAUCCAAUUUUCGACUUCUUCAAAACAAACACAAAUUAUGAUUUAAUGCCCUAUUCUGGAAAAGUUAUUGUAUUCGACAUUGAUCUACCUGUUAGAGAGGCAUUUCAAGUAGCUGCUAAUAACGAUAUAUCUUUUGCAUCACUAUGGGACAGUGAAAAGAGUUGUCUUGUCGGAAUGUUAACUGUGACAGAUUUGAUUGAUAUUUUACUGUUGUUCCACAAUCAAAUGGACGUCAUUCAAGAUUUAGUCACACACAAAACAAUUAGAGAAUGGAGAGCCAUGCAAAAACGUACAAGACCAGACAAACUUAUUUAUGUAACACCAGAAGAUACUCUUCUUACUUCAAUUCACACUCUUAGCAAGUAUUCCAUUCACCGUCUUCCAGUUUUGUCACCAAAGGGAGCCUUACUUCACAUUAUUACUCACUCUCAUCUUCUUGCAUAUCUAGUUCAAAAUUUGAAAUUUGAGUCACCUAUUUUCCAAUACAGUCUGGAAGAUUUAGGAAUUGGUACCUAUGUGAAUGUUGUAACAGCAAAAAUGGAAAUGCAACUUUUUGCAGCUGUUUGUCUUUUUGCCAAGUAUAAAGUCUCUGCCAUUCCUGUUGUAAAUGAUGAAGGAUGCGUAGUGGAUGUGUUUUCAAGAUACGACAUUGUUUACUUUGUUAGAGAUGGAGACUAUAGACUUGAAAUGACUCUGGGAGAGGCUCUCAAGACGAGACCAAGAAUUCCAGUUUUUACUUGUACAAAAUCAGAAUCUUUCGAGAAGGUAUUAAGGCACUUGUCCACAACACGUAUUCACAGAUUGGUGUGUGUUGACGAGUACUCACGAGUGGUUGGUAUUGUUUCCAUUAGUGACAUUUUCUCUUUCCUCAUGAAAAAACAAGAGGAAAUUCUAUCUAGGGAACAUGACUUGGAUCUUUUGCACCAUGGAGUAGAUAUGGUUGAUGAGAAGUAA